CGAAAGAGAGGAUCAUGGGGAGGUAUGAUGAGUGCGGUAUACCGGGCAUUUCAGUGCAGCUUCGAGCCAUGUCCCGCAAGACUUUGCAACCGAUCUAUUCCUUGGUGAAAUAGCACCGCAGGACGUGAAAACCACCACUAAACCGAAAACCAUUCAUCCCCCGAUCGGUCAUUGAUGUAUACCUCUCAUGUCGCUAAAUGGUCUGUGCGUGGUAGGUUAAAGAGCAAGGGAUGGGUAAUUGGGGGUACCGUUUUGUUGCUACAACAUCUUUCGCGCGAUCAACGCUAUUCAGGAGCUGCCAGCCUACCUUCGCGGCCAAAGAGUUGCGUAAAGUCUCUUCAUUCUAAUGCUGACUGCCACACAGUGCUAUAGCAACAUCUGUUUCUCACCUGAACGAGGAGCAAAGCUGGCUGGCCAUGUCUUACAACUCACUGCAGAUUGCCUUUCCCCUCCAGGUGCAGUCUCGGUAGUGUCGUCAACGGUAAUCUUCGGCAAAGAAGGGACUCCUAUCCACGGAUCAGUGAGCACCAUAAAACAGAGGUCUCAAUGGUAUGAGCUUCGACGGCCACAUACGUGCCGAGCCCGGGACCCCAAGGUUUGUUGAUCGCUCUGGAAUGUGGGACUUGUCGUGCCCAAAUACUCGAGAAUCACAAAACAUGUCUUUGCGACAUCUGAAUUUUGUCCUUCUUACAGAUUCAACUAGUUGCCGAUCUGACCACAGUCACUCAUUAUCUGCCUUUGCAGCUUAGUCGUUCCUUCAGCCCAAAAUGCGAGCAUUAAUUCCCUUGUUCCUCGUUGCAGGCGCGACAGCGCAGAGCAUCAGCUUCGUAUACACGGCGACUUUUACGGAGACAGCUUUUGAGUUCGUCACCUUGACGACAUGUCCCUGCCCGACGAGCACAACGGGCCUUUCGACCCUCCAAACGACUACUCCCGUCCCGACAACGACUACUACCAUGAGCGGACCGAUUCUCCCGUCUGACACCAUCACUCCAACCUCGUCGACUAUUACUUCCGCGUCAGUAUCCAAUACUCCAGGCAGCUCCCUCUCUACCUUGUCCACCACAACGUCUUCCGGAAUCCCCGUCGUGACCAACGACGCAUACAUCAACGCAGUCCUACGCCAUCACAAUAUUCAUCGAUCCAACCACUCCGCUGAUCCACUCGUUUGGUCAUCGAGCCUCGCGGAUACAGCUCGCGUGAUCGCCGAGACCUGUGUAUAUGGACAUGUCACAAACGUCAACGGCGGUGGGUACGGCCAGAACAUCGGCGCCGGAUACCCAGCCACCCCGCUGGGAAUGGGCCAGUUCAUCACCGAGGGGCUCUACAACAGCGAAGUAAACAACUACAUCUACUAUGGCACGGAGCCGAAUAUCAGCACGCUGAACCAGUGGGGCCAUUUCACGCAGAUUGUGUGGAAAUCGACGAACAGCGUGGGAUGCUAUACGGCGGAUUGCAGCAGCGGCGGGUUGACGAACGCCGGACCACCGAUCCCGCCGUAUUUCACGGUCUGCAAUUAUGCACCUCCUGGGAAUCUCAUUGGAUCAUUUGCGCCAAAUAUAGGCGUGUCGAUCGGUCUGGCUACAGUGUAUGGGGAUUAUUGA